UUCCGGGGAAGAUGGCGGACGUGCUGAGCGUCCUGCGGCAGUACAACAUCCAGAAGAAGGAGAUCGUGGUGAAGGGGGACGAGGUGAUCUUCGGGGAGUUCUCCUGGCCCAAGAACGUCAAGACCAAUUACGUCAUCUGGGGGACAGGGAAAGAAGGCCAGCCCAGAGAGUACUACACUUUGGAUUCUAUCCUGUUCCUGCUGAAUAAUGUGCACCUUUCUCAUCCCGUGUAUGUCCGGCGGGCGGCUACCGAAAAUAUUCCUGUGGUUAGAAGACCUGACAGAAAAGAUCUACUUGCAUAUUUAAAUGGCGAAACAUCGACGUCGUCAAGUAUAGAUAGGAGUGCGCCACUGGAAAUCGGCCUUCAGCGGUCCACACAAGUUAAAAGAGCAGCGGAUGAAAUACUAGCGGAAGCAAAGAAACCAAGAAUCGAGGAUGAAGAGUGUGUACGUCUUGACAAAGAGCGAUUGGCUGCUCGCUUGGAAGGUCAUAAGGAAGGGAUUGUGCAGACAGAGCAGAUUAGAUCACUGUCCGAAGCCAUGUCUGUGGAAAAAAUUGCCGCCAUCAAAGCCAAAAUCAUGGCUAAGAAAAGAUCAACUAUCAAGACCGAUUUAGAUGAUGACAUAACUGCCCUUAAGCAGAGAAGUUUUGUUGAUGCAGAGGUGGAUGUGACCAGAGAUAUUGUUAGCAGAGAGAGAGUGUGGAGGACAAGAACUACCAUUUUGCAAAGCACGGGCAAGAAUUUUGCCAAGAAUAUUUUUGCAAUUCUUCAGUCUGUGAAAGCCAGAGAAGAAGGCCGAGCCCCUGAGCAACGACCAGCUCCAAACACAGCACCAGCAGACCCUACGUUACGGACCAAGCAGCCCAUUCCAGCGGCCUACAACAGAUACGAUCAGGAAAGAUUUAAAGGAAAAGAAGAGACGGAAGGCUUCAAAAUUGAUACUAUGGGUACCUACCAUGGAAUGACCCUGAAGUCUGUAACUGAAGGCGCAUCGGCUCGCAAGACUCAGACCCCAGCAGCACAGCCGGUGCCCCGACCAGUUUCCCAAGCGAGGCCUCCCCCGAAUCAGAAAAAAGGAUCCCGUACACCCAUCAUCAUUAUUCCGGCAGCUACCACCUCCUUAAUAACUAUGCUUAAUGCGAAAGAUCUUCUACAAGAUCUAAAGUUUGUCCCCUCGGAUGAAAAGAAAAAGCAAGGGUGCCAACGAGAAAAUGAAACGCUAAUCCAGAGACGGAAGGACCAGGUGCAGCCAGGAGGCACUGCCAUUAGCGUCACCGUUCCUUACCGAGUGGUAGAUCAGCCCCUGAAGCUUAUGCCCCAAGACUGGGAUCGUGUGGUGGCUGUUUUUGUACAGGGUCCCGCUUGGCAGUUUAAGGGCUGGCCAUGGUUGUUGCCCGAUGGAUCGCCUGUUGAUAUCUUUGCAAAAAUUAAAGCGUUUCACCUCAAAUACGAUGAAGUGCGUCUCGAUCCAAACGUACAGAAAUGGGACGUAACAGUAUUAGAACUGAGCUACCACAAACGACAUUUGGACAGGCCCGUGUUCUUGCGUUUUUGGGAAACAUUGGACAGGUACAUGGUAAAGCAUAAAUCCCAUUUGAGAUUCUGAAAUGGCUGCCGUUUUGUUACCUGGAAGAAUGAAGAAGAAUGGAAGUGCUCCAGUCGGGAGACGAGCGCUCUUGAUUUACGCAUUCGUCAAGAACUUUGUGAAUGAAGAAGGUCACAAUUAAUCUUUUUUCUAAGACCUCGUUUGAUGCUUCGAGCUUUGGCAAGCUCACCCCUGUCGUCGUCAUAAGCAAAGAUUUUGCUUACAACUAUUUUUUUAAAUAAUAUUAGCCUUCUUAGUCUGCAAUGGAAAUUGUAUAUUUUGAUAGCAGUUCCCCCCUCCCCCCCCGAAUUGGUUAAGUUAGCCACACCUUGGAAAAAAAUUUUUUUUUUCUCUAUUAGACUACAAAUGCAGGAUACAAAUGUGUGUAUAUAUAGAUGUUACGAGGCCUUCUAAGCCACUUUGCUUCUGAUUUUUCUGGUUUUCUUCGCUCCAUUGUUUCACUUAUGAAAAUACUAUGUUGUGAAUGAAAUUAAAUUUUAGUCUCAAGGACUUGCAAAGCAGAGUGAAGCGGCUGUUUUGAAUGACUUGAAAAUGUCAACCUGUAAAAGUUCUCUAUUUUCUGGUUUUGCUUUAAAAGGUGACGAAAGAUCAGAGCCAACGCAGAUGAAAAUAUUCGGUUUAUGAAACCAUCUUCACGUAUGACAAAAUUGAAUUAAUAUCCGUUUUUCUGGGGACUUUUGGCGAUUUAAAUUUUUGUAUUAUUAGAUAUGGUGCCUUUCCCAUCGAAGAAUUUACCAGCGUGUAGAUUCAAGCUGAAGAGGUUGAGAAAACAUUUUAUUUUGUGAAGCCCAGUGAUUGCAGGGGAGGGAAAGGACAUCAGAGUGUGCCAGCCAUAGAGACACUGCAUCAGUUAACCAUAAUUUUUCUCAGAAAGGGUGCAGGUAUUUUCAAUCCCUUGUUUUUAAAAAUAUUGGUUUAAUCGGUGCUCCUCAACUUCUUGGAUUUUCCGCACUAUUGACAUCAAGUAAACUUCUCCCAGGCAACAGAGAAUACAUUUGCUUAAUCAAGAAUAUGAUCAGAACUAAGGCCAAGAGCCCUGCUAUUUUUGUUUUUUCGUUCACUUUUCCUGGUCUGAAAUGGAUAUAAAUCGUAUCCAUUUGCAUUCUGGGGCAUAAGCGCAUUUUCUCAGAUUUUAACUUACACGUUAGACAUAAUUCUGCAUGAAUUUUGUUUUGAUUCCGCAUCAAUUUGUAAUCUCUUCUUUAUAAAAUAUUGCUAGGUCUUUCUUUCUUUAAGUUCCCCAGUUAUCUUUCUGGAGCUAGAAUGACUUUUUCUUAUUUAGGAUUUUCAUCCAUACGUGCUCCUCUUUGAAAUACCAGUCUAGGGUAGGCUUACGAUUCCGUUUGAUUUUAUUUUUAAAUUACAAGCAUCCUCACCAAAGUUGGGGGAAUGAAAACGAUGCCAUCAACAUUGUAGUCACAGAAACUUUGGAAUUGCAUUUUCAAAGAUGAUUCUUAUGUGUUUUGAGAAAUUUCUUGUAUUUAAGAAGCUUGGGUUGAUUUUUUUUUUCUCCUUCUUCCCCAAGUACCUCAGUAUUUUUUACAUAACCCAGAAUUUCCCAGUAUAGAUAUAUUUUCUUAAUCUUGAGGAAUAAUUACGGAUGAUUUAUAAUUUCGCCAUGAUAAAUGCGCGUUGCUUGGAAAGAAAUCAUUCAAGCUGGAGGUUUAAAAGCCUA